AUGGCAGAGAGCGCAGAUGCUUCCGACUUUCCAAGUACACCACUUAUUUUGCGUGAUGCGUCAGAGGACACGCCGGUCACGAGAGCUGAAUUUCGGCAGGUAGUCUGCCUGCUUACCCAGCUAAGUAAUUCGUUAAAGAGCAAAGAAAGCAACUCCAAUUUUGUUUCUGGAGUUGCAGGUAACCAAUUACAAGAGUUUGGGGAGAACAACACGGGAAUGGAACUUAACAGUGAAGUACAUACUUCAAACGCUAAUGUACAUUCAAACACUAUGGGACAUACAAGUGGAACUAUCGCUAAGAAUGGAUUAUCUCUUCAGCAGCAGGGUGCGGCCAAAGCUGUGGACAACAAUUUAAAAGCAUUUAAUUUUGGGGCAUGGACAAGCAAAACGUUUACAUUUCAACCAGGUCUGGACAUGAUUCAACUCAUGAUUAAGGACUAUGAAAAGAAAAUAGAUGAUUUGUUACAUGAACUGAAUGAUUUAAAUGAUUCCAUUGUUUCUGAUAUGCAUUUUCCUAGAGUAAAAAAAGAUUAUGACAAUGUGUUUUUUGAUGUUGAUCAGCACUGUAUUAAAAUUAUGGAUAGAAAGAUUAGAAAGUUGGAAAGGGACCUGAAUGACUACAAAAAUGGGGUGGCUUAUCAGACACUUGCCAAAGGAGGGUGGUUCAACAAACAGAGUAACAGUAAGGGGGCUAACAAAAUUGCAUACAAUCAUGACAAUGCACCUCCCUUGGAUGAACCACCAAGACGUAGUGAACGUUUGGCACAGAAACAGGGAAACAAUAACAGUACAAGCAAUGGGAGCAGAGAAUGGAGCAUUUCCUGGAGUCAGCAGCCAUCACUAGGAGUAUCUGUUUCACGUUAUCCUACAGCGAACCUGCAGCACUCUGUUCAAACUCUGAAGGGCUCCGACAAGCAUCCUGUUAUACCUGUAGCACAGCUUCAUCCAGGAUACACCUGCAACAUGAACUCUGAAUGUGACCAAAGUUCUAUAGUACAACAAAGUCCAUUAGUACACCAGAGAGCUAACAAAGAAAAGAAACCAUAUAAAUGUCCUGAAUGCAAUAAGUGUUUCAGAAAAAGGAGGACUCUGGUAAUACAUGAAAGGAUUCACACAGGAGUGAGACCAUAUAAAUGUCCUGAAUGCAGCAAGUGUUUCAAACAAUGUAGUCAUCUAACAGCGCACAAAAGGAGUCACACUGAGAGAGCAUAUAAAUGUCCUGAAUGCAGCAAGUGUUUCAGAGAAAGACGAGAUCUAGUAAUCCAUGAAAGGAUUCACACGGGGGAGAGACCAUAUAAAUGUUCUGAAUGCAGCAAGGGUUUCACAAGAACUAGUAGCCUCAGAGUGCAUCUGUUAGUUCACAAAGAAAAGAAAUCAUAUAAAUGCCCUGAAUGCAAUAAGUGUUACAGACAUAGGGGGACUCUAGUAAUACAUGAAAGAACUCAUACAGGGGAGAGACCAUAUAAAUGUCCUGAAUGCAGCAAGAGUUUCACAACAACUAGUAACCUUAGAGUGCAUCUGUUAGUUCACAAAGAAAAGAAACCAUAUAAAUGUCCUGAAUGCAAUAAGUGUUUCAGACAAAGGGGGAAUCUAGUAAUACAUGAAAGGACUCACAUGGUAGAGAAACCAUAUAAAUGUGCUGAAUGCAGCAAGGGUUUCACAACAACUAGUAGCCUUAGACUUCAUCUAUUAGUUCACAAAGAAAAGAACUGUAUAAAUGUCCUGAAUGCAAUAAGUGUUUCAGACAAAGGGGGACUCUAGUAAUACAUGAAAGGAUUCACACAGGGGAGAGACCAUAUAAAUGUCUUGAAUGCAGUAAGUGUUUCAGACAAAGGGGGGGGGGUUGUAGUAAUGCAUAAAAGGAUUCACACGGGGGAGAGACCAUAUAAAUGUUCUGAAGACAAUAAGUGCUUUAACCAAAGGGCAAAUCUAGUAAAACAUGAAAGGACUCACACAGGGGAAAGCAAACUAAAGAUUUGGAGAAAUUAAAAAAAGGGAAAGCAACCUUUAAAGAAUGAAAACUGCAGCACCAGGAAAACAUCAGUUUGGGACAAGAAUGUGAUGUAAAAGAACUUUAUCAGGAGGGAGUAUAUAAAUACUUUGGAAUUGAUGAAGGAUCAGCAAUAAAACAUGAACAAAUGCGAGUAAAACUUAGCAAGGAGUACUUUAGAAGAGUGGAUAGAUGAACAAGUCAGCAAGCGAAGGAGAUCAGUGGUGCUGAAGUUGAAUUCAUCCUCAAGUCUUGGCGAGUACUUUUGCAAGGUGGACCCUGUAUUUUUGCAAAAUCUCACCAAGGUGACACUGAUAUAUAGACUGUAUUUAUAUAGCAUAUAUCAUGGACAGAAGUAAGUCAAAAAGAAAAAAAAGAUAGCUGGGCGCACAAGUCCCAGAAUAAAAAGUGCUCAAUCCUGGUAGGGACACUGGUGCCAGGAUGGGAAAAUGUCAAUGUAGAAUCCUCAAAAUCCAGAAACCUUCCUACAGUGGGGCUAGGCCAAGCCCAAGGGGCAGAUGUCCCCCUGUUGCAGAAAGAAGUAGCUGUCCACAAAAACUGAUAGGCCAAAGAAGAGCCAUAAAGAUGAUAGAGUGGGCUAUUGAGGAUAAGAAAGAAAUUACG